AUUAUAAAUGGUUUAUGAAAUCUAUGGGUAUGAAAAAUUUUAUCGUAAAAUGUUAUUUUUCAUUUCAUUUUCAUUCAAUUCAUUUUUUAGUAAAUUGUGCAAUUGUUAAUAUCUUCUGCAUAGUAAGAGUAGAAUGCAUUAUCAAUAAUUUUCAUAACAAAAUUUCUUCAAACGUUAAAUAAAACUAGUUUAUUGAAUAUAGUUCACAUUCUUGCUGAAUUAUCGAUACUUCCUUUGGCAAUACGACAAUCUUAUUUUAAUAUAUCUAUGAUAUUGAUAGAAAUGAUUAUCGAGAGGAUUUUGUUACAAUACGUGAUUUUUUAAAUUUUUAAAUAAAUUGUGUCCAAUAGAAGUAUUCAGAACCUAAACAGUUAAGUAAGUAACGGAAUUUUUGGCAGAACUUCGGUUUAGUGGACAUAAAAUUAUUGCCGUUCUCUAUUGGAAUUUAAUGAUUUUCAAUGCGUUAGAUCUAAAAAUGCAAGUUUUGGUUUUAGGAAUCCAGCAGUUUAAAUCUUAUGCGUACGUAGUGAUUUAUGUUCUGUUUAUGUUUAUGUUCUCUCUUGUUGUCAAGAGAUGGCGUUUGCAGGGGCUAGGUGACUCGAUAUUACCGGAGAAGAAAUGAGUGUUCACGCCCAUAGUUUUCAGUUUAACUAAUAAAAUGCUGAGUUUAACUAACAUUGGCAUAUAUAAGAACUUAUAAAAUUAAGGAUCUGCCCUGUUUGGUGGGAGUUUAGCAUAUACGAGAGCCUACGUAUUUAAGCUUAAAGUUAGGGAUCUGCCCUAUUUGGUUGCACAUAGAUAAGAACGUAUUGAGUUCUACGCUACAAGAAUCUAUUUAAUUGUACGGUUCUACGGAAAAGUUCAUAUCUACUUUUCUAUUCGAUAUAGACAAGUGUGAGAAUGACAAAAUCGCACAAUAAUGAAAUUAAUUAUAAGUUAUCUAAGAUAGAGAAAUUAAUUGCUUAAUAUAUUUUUUUUAGAGAGAAAAAGGGAAGAUUCCCUUUCAAACGAUUAUGGGUUAGUAGAAUGAUGCAAUAAUUUUAAUAUUUUUUCAUUUAGAUCUAAAACUAAUUCUUGGUAAUUGGCAUGUCAAUUGUACUGACAUGAAUAUUUUCUCACUGUCGCAUGAAAUUCAUAUUGUUUUUCCUCAGUACGCUGGUUUAUGAGGUCAUUUAUUGUUGUAAAAUAUUAUAAAUACUUUUGUGAUAUUUCCUGAUAGUAAUCAUAUGAACAGAGAAGAAUAAAAAAGACAUAGAAAUUUUUAAUUUAGAAAUCCAUUAGGUUUUAAAGCUUGGUAUUUUUGGCCUACUGCAUAGCUUACUUUAACGUGAUAGCCAUUUAAAUGGUAAAUUUUAUUAUUUAUUUACACACAUACUGUAUUGAACAUAACGGAAUCUCGCUUUAUUAUCGAUAUAUGAUUGGAUUUGUCAAAUAACAUUUUGAAUAAAGAUUAUAUACGUUGUUCAACCAAUAUUAGUUAUACUUUUCUAUCUUUAUAAGACGAUAUCCAGUUACUUUCCUAGUAUUAACAAAGAUGAACAACGUAUAAAACAAAAAGAAUAAUGCGGAAUAAGUCGACGAAUUUAAUAAAAAAUACCAAACUUUAACAAUGCACAAUUUUUAAAUCAAUGCUAUGGAUUCCUGGAUUUCAAACCGUAAUUCCCAGACGCAAAAUCGUUACAUCUUGCUUCCAUUUAUCAAAUUCAGGAAACAUUAUAUAAUUGUUUGAAAAGAUUCUUUGCAUAAUUGCACACUCGUGCAGUCGUCACUAUUACGAAGGGAUUAGGUUCCCCUAACGCAUGGGUGAUCGCCUGGGACUCCGUGUGGCGUUGACGAAGCGUGUUGGGCCCGCCGCGCCCCCCGUGGGUUUCGAGCUUGGGCGCUUGGCGGCUCAGCGCCUCGGGGCCGUCAAGCAGUCCAGUAGGGGAACCGGGCUGCCUGGCACGGCGGCUCCGGCGACGAGGCGCGGUGUGACAAUGGUCACACACCGCUCCAUCAGCGGUGAUAUUAGGCGCGCGGGGGAGGCCCCGUUGCGACGCUCACAGCGGUUCCCGGGCCUCUCUCGAUCGCAGCCGGGACGGUUAUCAUGGAGGUUUUAGUCUGUUGGAGUCCGACACUACUACGCCGCUUUCCCCAGAAGCCGCCUGGCGUCCGUGCGGAUUUCCUCCACGUAAAAUAUAAAAAAAAAAUUUCUGCUGACGCACUGAGAAGCUCAACGGACCGCCGCGAUUGAGUGCUGUAACAUAAUUCAGUGUCAGAUAUCGUUGAGACAAUGUAUCUAGAUUAUCGUAUACAUAUGUUAGUGGCAAUUUUCGAGAAGAUAUAAUGACAGGUAGCCGCCGCAAUUUAGCUUCACCAUAAAUUAUGACUGAACUGAGAGCUCUGUAUGAACCUCAGCAGGCUGCUAGAGUGAAUAUUUGGUAAGUUAAUAGCCGACGGCUCAAAGUCGCCGAGUUAUGAGAUAUCGAUCAUGUGACUGUUUAGAGGAUGCAUGAGAUAGCUUACCCAUGACAAACGACCCGACUUUGCAUUGCUAAAGGAUAGAGACAUUAUUCGAAAAUAGGCUAGCCACGGAACAGGAAAGGCAGUGAUGUCCUUUGAUAAGCGAACUGUGAAAGACUGCACGACACUUACCCUAGUACCUUGGCGAAUUAUAGAUCUCGUGUAUUCUAAAAAUAUGACUAUCUUUAUAACAUCAAACACGGGAUUAGUGAGCCUAACGUGCAAACUUGCGAUACUCGUGACAGUACACUAAUGCUUCAGAUUGUGUGCUGUGAUUUAAUUCAUUCCGUGGAUUCAUUUAUCGUGUACUUGUGUUAAACAAAUCGAAAUGGAAAAUUACGUAUCCAAGUCGAGGAUCUCGUGUGUCGUAUCCUGGAUUGCAUUGGGAAUGGCGCAGCAGCAGAGUACUCGAGGGCUGUAUUAACCAUCGCGGCUUUGUCACCUGUGGUUGCGUUGCCAGAAUUCAACGAGGAGGAUAUUGGCGAUAUCUCGAAUACGUGAUGCGAUUCGAUCCAGAAAUUAACGGGAAGCAUACCGCAUCAAUGCUUGGAAUGCGCACGUACCCAUGUGCUUUCAGGCUCCGUAAAAAGUGAUAUCGCGGGUGGCAAGACCGUCUUUGUACUUGGGAGAAAUUUCGGGAGGACCUUUGCACGAUAAAAGAAAACAGUCGGAAAAGAAGUUGCACCAUCGAAUGAUGCAUGCACUACAGUGUACUAAUGAUAUUGCGAGGAGCUACGUUAAUUGUAUCCGUAUGAAACCCGAAUAUUUGAAGCAGACCAAAGUCACCUUUACAGAAGCGAAAAUAACAGAAUUAGUGAUAAUUAAAAAUAUUAAGCGCGAGGUAUAAGUUGACGGCAGAGCUCUUAAUCAGAAUCGUCGAAUUGAAGAAAGUUAGUAUGCAGAACGAAGACAAUCGCCAGACGGAAAAGGCACGACUGCAACAAGAAUGGAAGCAAUGUUACAUAUGCGAUGACGGCGCAUACAAUGAGCCAUGCUCGAAAAGGCAACGCGAUGAUCGAGGUCGCAAUCCACAGAAACCUAGCCCUCAAAGGUAACAUUCGGCGCCUGCAACGAAAGGUGUUCCUACUUGCACUUAUAGCUCUAAAAUUGUUUGACGAUAUUUGGCCGGUUGGCGAAAACAGAUGUUAUCAUAUACAUCUGUAUGAGUGCGUUUGUAUGUUCAAGCCUAAACCGUGCAAAACUGAGGUAGUGCAAAAACUGCUUAGGCACGAGUUCGCCGACCGACAGUAAGUAACAAAAACGCGAAAGCCCGCUGAAAAUAGAAUAAACAGAUAAGUCGACGACAUAAAAGGAAUUUAUGUCGAUUCUUCCCCGAUACUAGUUAGAUUCUCCGAACAGAGAUCGUAUUUGUAACGUCUAUGAAUUCUUGUGCAUGACCUACGGUCUUACUAACAUACUGGCUGUAUUUCAACGAGCGAUCAACACCGCCUUAGGAAAUCUAAAAAGUAAGAUAGCUUUAGUAUAUUUAGACGAUAUGCUAAUCCCGCCAGAAACAAUAGAGAAAAAAUACGAGUAUUUAAAGCAGGUUUUGCAUGCACUCGAUAUAGUGGGGUUCUUACCAAAUGUUAAAAAAUAUGUUUUUUUUUAAAAACUAAAUCGAAUAUUUGGGAAGGGGGAUAUCGACUGAGAGUAUUAGACCUGGAACAGGGAAGGCGCCGUCCUCUGCAACGUGAAACAGAUACGACAAUUCAUGGGCUUUGCAAGCUAUUUUUGCAAGUUUAUAUCUAAAUUCGCUAUAAGCAGUAACUCCGUCUACUCAAAUAUUCCAUGUCGCGAUUGUCGAUAUGCUGUUAUGGAUUUUAAUGAAUAUCUAAGUCAAGCUGCUGCCAUGUAUCGUUCGAUUUGACGAUCCCUAUGCACCCCGCACCUUAGGCUGACCUACUUUCGCUCAUGUAAGGCGUGCAGGAAUAUUUUGGUUGAUUUUUAAUUGUCAAUAACUACUAAAAAACACAGCCGAAAACGCAAAUUUUGUAUUCCUUAUUGUUACCCCAUUUCGGCUUCAAGAAUAACCCCUUAAGUUUGUGUAUACCUGUAGCCGAACACCUUGUAUAUAAUCGACGGUUGGGCUUAGCUUUGAGAUAUUCACAAAAGACUACCAAUGCCACUAUAGUGUACUUCUUCCCAUAGUUGUGCGUCUGUGGCAACGUAUGCGUCAAUAUUGGCUGCCUGCUCCCGGCCGCUUAUCUUCCGUUUAUAGAUGAGGGUUGUGCGAACUGAAGGCUGCGUGCGCAAGUGCAUAUGCGAGGCUGUAAGAAAUGUCUGUUAUAAUAUAUAACGAGAUUUAAAGGAUUAGAAGAGGAUAUAAUCCAAUGCAUUGGGUUAGAUUUUUCAAUCCGGUUGCCGCGAGGCGGCUGGUUACGCUUGCAUAAAAUAAUAGAAAAUUAAUUAUAACUAUAGGAGGCGAGUAAAUAAUUGACAUUAUUUUACCAAAAGAAUAAUAAUUCUUAUCAGUUUAUGUAAGCGUUGCCGACCGCCUGGCGGUGGCAUGAUUGAAAAUAUUAAUUUGAACAAUAUAAACUUAAUACAUGAUGAUAUUCAUUUUUUAUUGAGUUAUAACAGAGAUCUCUUAUAGCCGCGCAUAUGCACGUUGUGUACGAACCUUCAUUUCGGAUAUUCAAGCUCGUCCCAUCUUCGUUUGUAUAUAUAAACGAAUAAUUUCGAACAAGUGAUUUUAUGUGGUCACUCGAUUCUACAUAGAAUCCUUCGUACUAAUAGUUCUUUGCAAAUAUCUCGGAAACUAAGGUUUAUUAUCGGUUAUAUGAAAAAAUUAUUCAAAAUGUUACUUUCUAUAACAUAUUUUAAAAUCAUCGAAAUCGGAAAGAACGUAACAUUUCUAUAAGUUUACCAUAUAAAUUUAUAUGUUUCGUAAACUUCAUUAAUUGUAAGGAUGAAUAUACAGUUUUUGAAAAGAAUAUUUAGAUUGUAAUUUUAAUAAACAAUCAUAAUUGUACUCUUUUGACUUUAGAUUUACACAGGCGAAAAGGAGCAAUAUGCAUAACUUCUGUUAUUAGUUUCAAACAAAAUUUGCAAUUAAUGCAAUUCGAAAAGACACUAUUUCUAAUGAAAAUAUAUAAUAAACUUUGUAAUGUUUAUUAUGUGAUUUUAAUUUAAUCAAUUCUUGAAUUUUAUAGUUACACUGUGUAUAUUUCGUAAAGGAAAAGAGGUCCUGUUAGGGAUACACACGAAGGAGAGAGAGAUUGUAAGAAGAAUACCAUAGGUCAAUCCUACAUUCUAAACGUGACGUUUUCACUUUCACAUUACCAGUAUUGUUGUGAACCAGAGGUACCAGCAAUAGUAGCAUUAUAUCAGUGAGUUUAUAAUUUUCGUAAAAAAGUAUUUUUAAUUUCAUUUUGAAAUUAUGACAAUGAUCCAGUUUAACUGGAUUUGGAAAAUUAUUAUCCAGUAUAUGAUGCUUAUUCUGCACACUCAGCCUGAGAUAGUUAAUACGGAGAGGUCUAUGAAAACAAUAUUUUCAUGUUUAAACCGAACUGCUGGUUUUUACGCAGAUAUUAAUGCUGGUUGUAAGAUAUAUCACACUUGUGAUGAAUAUGGAAAUAAAUUCACUUAUCAUUGUCCUGAGGAAACUGCUUUUCGACAAGAUGCUCUGAUAUGUGAUCAUGCUCAUCUUGUGCAAUGCCAAGGAAGUAUUAUUUCUAGUACAAAAGAAUAUAUUAAAGAAGGAAAGGACAAUAGUUCUGAUACAAAACACUCAAUACAUAGCGAUCAAUCCCUUUUUCAUUCUUUUUACACAACACAACCAACAAACACAAGUAAUAAAGAAAGACACGGAUUUGUAUUUAAUUCAAGACAAAUUUUUAAGAAUUUUAAUGAGGCAGAAACAACUGGAAGGGAUAUAAUAAGCUCAUUUUAUCCAUUAAGUUAUAUUAAUUAUACUACAAAUAUUCCUAUUGAUCAUUCUAUAAAUACACAAUCUAUGCGUAUAAUUAGUCAAUAUAAUGAAAAUGGAUUAAGACAAAAUGAAAAUUUUUCUACUCCCAGUCAAAGCUUCCAUGAGAAGGAUAAACUUAAUGAAAAACUAAUAAGAAUGAAUCAAAAAGGUUAUUUAUAUCAAAAAGUAAGUGAUGCUUUAUACAAUUUUCUAAAAUUACCUUCAAAUACAUUUUCUGGAAGUAAUCAAACUCAGGAGAAUAAUGUAAAAAACUAUCAAACGACAAAGAAUCCUAUUGACUUUUUAAAAUUAUCAUCUAUAAAUUAUAGGAAUUAUCCAUAUUUAGAAACUUUGAAAUCUAUACAAAAGAAUACAAAAAUGAUUUCUACUACAGUUCAUAGUACAACAGCAAGUAUGACACUAUCUACUACAGAAAUACCUGUGUAUGCUUUAACAUUGUCUUUAAAACCUUUAAUACCAAGCGAACUAGAAUAUGAUCCAUAUUAUCCAAAAUUCUCAACAACAACACAACCUUAUUAUACUUCUACGCAAAACCUAAAAGAAUGGUCUACUCAAACAGUGCGGUCAACUACUCAUCUUGAACUUCCAGCAGUUUUACCAGACUUAAAUUCUUUGGAUGACAUUGUUGAUCGCAGAAAGUUACUUUAUAUUCCUCGAAUUAAAUUAAAUUAAUGUAAUUAUUAUUUUGACAAAUCUCUGUAACUAGAUAUAUGAAUUUUGCAAAAUUAUUUAUUUUGUUUAAUUUCAAAAUAAGUUAAAAUAAGUUAAUUAUAUAAAAAUGUUAAUAAAAUCAAAUAAAAUAAAUUAUUUAUAUACCAAAA